AAAGGAGAGAGGAGAGAGAAGGGAGAAGAAGAAAAAAACGUGGCCAAGCAUGAGAGAGGAGGAGCACUCUAAUGAUGACCACCAUGAGGGAGGGGUGGUUUCCAGCGAGGAGAACACGGUAAGACCAACGUCUAAUGCCUGUCCCGUUGUCGUAGCCACGCCGGGGGUCAACGGGCGUAAGCGGCAGACGGGCCCACACACGGAGGAUCACGUUACGACAGUCAUUCCCACCACAUCGGCAAACGACUGCAGGAUCAAGCCAGUGGAAGACAUCCAGAUCUACACGCUGACCGGACCGAAAAGAGUCAAAAAGAGUCCUCAACAUCGGCCGCCUUCCUCUGGCCCGUCCCUCUCUCCUGGUCCCGGUAAUAGUCCUGGAGAUCUCUCCUCCCUCGAGGACCCGCACGGCCAACGGGUCAUCGCCAACAUCCGGGAGCGCCAACGGACACAAUCUCUGAAUGACGCCUUCUCCUCGUUACGCCAGAUAAUCCCGACGCUCCCCUCCGACAAACUGAGCAAGAUCCAGACCCUGAAGUUGGCGUCGCGCUACAUUGACUUCCUGUACCAGGUUCUGCAGAAUGACGAGAUGGACACUAAGCUGGCUGGAUGUAACUACCUGGCCCACGAGAAACUGAGCUACGCCUUCUCUGUGUGGAGGAUGGAGGGGGCUUGGUCGACCAUGUCUGCUGGUCACUAGCCCUGCCUGAAAGCAAGGUUCGUCUUUUGACCGUUUGCCCUAAAACGUAUGGCGAAUUCCACGCGAUAGGGAAAUAUUCUUACUUGACACAGAGGUUUGAAGAGAAAUCUGAACUGUGUCUUCUCACCAGCGGACUAUCUGACACCUCAAUUUAGAUCAUCUCCAGGAUGAUGGACAGACUAUUUGACACUCCAGCAGGAUCCUUUUGACGGAGCAGAUUUUUAAGCCACUAUCCCUUCAUGGAGGGAUUUCAUCGUUGUGACAUAUCAGACGCUAUCAUAUAAUUCUAUUGUUUUGCAAAAAAGCAGCUAUUGCUGCUCAACAACAACAACAUUGUUAAAGAAAAUAAUCACAACAGGGACAUUGUGCUCAGUGUUU